UUGUUUGUUUUUUUUUUGUUGUUGUUGUUUGUUUGUUUGCUUGUUUUUUCCCAAACGUGCCAGUUAGCUGGAGCGCGCACUGACAAGCACGAAACUGCAGCGCGCUCCCUACCAACUUUGCUACGAGUAAAUCUUGCGAAGAACGAAGUUGUGGAGCUCAGUUCUUUGAAACGGGCCAAGUUAGCUGGGAACACCUGGACAAGGUCUCCGUUACCUGCAGACUAGCUGGUGCGGGAAGGUCUACGCUUCGCAUCUACAGGUAGUAAAGUGAAAAAGCGUUUUGAGCAACUCGAUUCCUAUGGCUGAUCAACGGAAGAAAAAGUCUGCUAACCGCAUGACUGUCCACUGCCUGAAAUGUUGGAAGCCACAGGAAUGCCUGCCUUCACACUUGGCAAGAGCCUGCAUGAAAGACAGCACACCGCAUGAGAGAGCUGGUGAGAUUAAGAAGGCCAAAGAGUCAUCAAAAGAGUGGCUAAAGUCCAACAGGACGUGGGACUACCAGGACCUCCAGCAGAUCCUGCCCCACGACACAUGCCGAGACAAGCUUGUCGCUGUUCUCCUAGAGCGGGGUUUCUUCAUUAGAAACCAACCCGCAGACAUUUCAAGAACACCUGGGCCCGCUGCCUCGGGCACAAGCGCUGCACCUUCCCCGCAAAGUUCCUCCCAGAACCAGGAGCUGAUGGAGGCAGCAAGGCAACACAUGGCGGAAGUUAUGAUCAAGGCAAAUGAAGGGAGCUACCUGGAAGACGGUGAAAAAACGAACUUCCGAUACUGGUGUGAGGCAAUCCUGGUACUGAGACAUUGCCUGCGACCACAGGCCGUGGAAGGCAUAUUGGUGUCCCACUGGGUGAACAGGGUCAGAGACGGAGACCAGGUACUGAUGGAUAUCGGCCAGGAACUGAUGUUCAAAAAAGUACCCGUGCGGCUCACGCGUGAAGAGGAAGCUUAUAUGGAAACCUACUACAGGUGCUUGAGGCCGGGCUAUGUGACAGAGUCUGCGUGCGAGCACUUAUUUGUUUCCACCACUGGCAAGCCCAUCGUCAGUGUCAGUGGGGACAUCCACCGGUUCAAAAAAAUGUGCCAAGGGAAAGUCGGGCAGCAGAAGGCCCAGGUGGUUCCAGCCUCCCUCACAGAUGUGCCGGAGGAGACGUCCAGUGCUGAGAGGUUGUUGGAUUCCACCUUGGCUGUCCUGCCCACAGCACAAUCCUCAGCUACAACCCAGCGGUACAUGGACUUCUCUUCUUUUAUCAGAAGUUUCCCCGUUUCACCUGAUUCCCAGCCACCAAAAAAAAAACAGUGGGUCGAGGCAGGGUUUCCCCGACAGCGGGCUUUCCUGGAUAGAUGGAGAAACAUCCAAUAUCGGCAACGGACAGAGCGCCUGCUAGGCCGGUUUGUUGCUCGCAAACCCUCUGCAGGAAAGGUUCAGAGGGUAAUUGACAGCAACGGCUGGACAACAAAUUGCCCCAAGCCAAAAGAGAUCCUGCGGCUGUGGAAGCCAGGCGCACGCACGCAGAUCCAGGAGGACAAGCAUGUCCUAAAUGGUGUGUCCACCCAGACGUGGCGGGGUCUUGCCAUUAAAGACUUCGGGGGAGAGAAGGGGAAAGGGGUAGUUACCACCUGCAGAUUCUCCAGAGGGGACAUUGUGUGUGACUACCAUGGAGAGCUGGUGACUGCAGCAGUGGGGAGGAAGAGGUUGGAGGAAACCCAGCCGGGCCAAGCAGGGUACAUGUUUUUUUUUGGCGGCAAGUGCAUCGAUGCGCAAUCUGAACGCUGCUCGUGUCACAGUGACAAGGACACUUUUGGGAGGAGAAUUAACCACUCGUCGAAGAAAGCUAACCUGAAGCCGGCUCAUGUUGUCCUUAAGGUGGACGGCCGCGACAGGGAUGUAAUUCUCCUGAAAGCCCUGAAGGACAUCUGUGUUGACACAGAACUAACUUUUGACUAUGGCGUGAGGAGAAAAUCCUUCAGAGGAGAGGGACUGGACUUAACGUGGUUGGACGAGUGAAAUGUUUAUUUAUAUAUUUUAUUUAUUUUUUGUUUGCCAAAGUGUUCAGUGAUGUUCAUUUAGUUAAGCGUUCACCUAAUAAAACAUAUUCUGUUCAAGUGUGAA